AUUCACUUCAUCAAUCUUUUAGAAAAACCAAGUUUCCUUUUCAUCCGACAUCAUGAAAAAUAGUUUAAAAACUGGAGUUCAGGUCCUGCAACCUAGGAGAUUGCCUGAUUUUUCACGCUGUGUCAAAUUAAAGUACGUUAAACUUGGUUAUCAUUAUUUCAUAAGUCACCUUUUGAAGCUUUGUUUGGUCCCUGUAAUGGCGGCUCUUAUCGUUCAAGCAUCGAGUUUAAGCCUUGACGACAUCCACCAAAUGUGGCUUCAGCUUGAAUAUAACCUCGUCAGCGUCGUCGUAUUCUCUGCUACCUUUGUCUUCGGGUCGACCGUUUAUGUUAUGACCCGAAAAAGAUCCAUUUACUUGGUGGAUUACGCUUGUUACCUCCCUCCACAACACCUCAAAGCCGAUCACCGGUAUUUCAUGGAAUAUGCCAAGGAGGCGGCCGAUUUCGAUGAGUCCACUAUGGAGUUUUUACGUAAGAUUAUGGAAAGGUCAGGGCUCGGAGACGAAACCGGCGCUCCGCCAUCGAUGCAUUGCUUUCCCCCACGAACGUCUAUGGCGGCUGCAAGACAAGAAGCAGAACUGGUGAUGUUUGGUGCUUUAGAUACCCUUUUUGCUAGCACUAAUGUUAAGCCAAGGGAUGUCGGGAUUCUUGUCGUUAAUUGUAGUUUGUUUAAUCCAACACCUUCAUUAACGGCGAUGAUUAUUAAUAAGUAUAAGAUGAGGGGUGAUAUUAAGAGCUUUAAUCUUAGUGGUAUGGGAUGUAGUGCUGGUGUUAUAGCCAUUGAUCUUGCAAAAGACAUGUUGCAAGUUCAUCGGAACAGUUACGCCGUCGUUUUUAGUACCGAGAACAUGACACAGAACUGGUAUUCUGGGACCGAGAAAUCGAUGUUGAUAUCGAAUUGUUUGUUUAGACUUGGGGGUUCCGCGGUUUUGUUGUCGAAUAAAUCUGGAGACCGACGGCAGAGUAAGUAUAAACUUAUUCAUGUGGUAAGGACACAUUGUGGUGCUAAUGACAAAGCAUUUAAAUGUGUCUAUCAAGAAGAAGAUAAUGUUGGGAAAAUUGGGGUUUCAUUGUCUAAAGAUUUGAUGGCAAUUGCUGGUAAUGCACUUAAGACCAACAUCACUACACUGGGUCCCCUAGUUCUUCCUAUAAGUGAACAAAUCUUCUUCUUUGCCACAUUAGUUGCCAAGAAGUUGUUCAAUGCCAAAAUCAAGCCUUAUAUCCCGGAUUUCAAGCUCGCGUUCGAACAUUUCUGUAUCCAUGCCGGAGGGAGAGGCGUGAUCGAUGAGCUCGAGAAGAAUAUGCAACUUUCUCCAUUACAUGUCGAGGCCUCCCGUAUGACGCUCCACCGGUUCGGUAACACCUCAUCGAGUUCGAUCUGGUACGAGCUGGCUUAUACGGAGGCGAAGUGUCGGAUGCGUAAAGGGGACCGUAUUUGGCAAAUCGCUUUCGGGAGCGGUUUCAAAUGUAACAGUGCAGUUUGGUUGGCCCUCAAGAAUGUUAAGCCCUCAUGUAGUAACCCUUGGGAAGAUUGCAUUCACAAGUAUCCAGUGAAGCUCAAUCUGUAAUGGGAUUAAUUAGUAUAGCCAAUGUUCGAUGUUUAAUUUUAUAGUAGUGUAACGGUGUCGUUUUAGUUAAACAAAAUUAAUUAGUCUUUUAAAUUAUGUUUAGAUGGUGGUUAUGUUAUUGUAAAUGAAGCUGCUGAGUCAGCAUGCCUUGAGGGAUUUUAAUAUUUAAUAAUGAUUAUUACUAUUAAA